AUGCAUGCAUCAGUAACAAGGGCGGUUGUUGAGCGAUCCCAAGACUUCCUUCUAUCAUCCGUUCGGACCCUAAAGGAUACUUUUGUCUUGGACCACGCAGUGUUCUCGCAAAUCCUGCUGAAGUUUCUCAUAUCUCGUCUGGAUGCCCUUGGUGGCGACGACGACAUUCUGGCCAGUGCAAUGCUCAAGCUAUUCAAACUAGUGUUCAAUGCCGUCCACAUGUUCCCGGAACAAAACGAGGUCGUGCUGCAAGUGAAUCUCAGCACCAUCAUCAUGCGGUCUAUGACCCUCGCCACCACUGUCCGGCAACCCAACAAGCUCUUCCUUCUGCUGCGCAACCUAUUCCGGUCUAUCGGCGGGGGCAAGUUCGAGAUGCUCUACAAGGAGUUUCUGCCGUUGCUGCCGGUUCUGCUGGAGCGCCUUAACAAGUUGAUCCUGGUCGCCUGCCACCGCACUACACAGUAUCUGUUUGUUGAGCUGUGCCUGACUGUGCCUGUGCGGUUGUCGGCGCUGUUGCCUUAUUUGCACUGGCUUAUGCGUCCGCUGGUUCUGGCGCUCUCUGCGGGCCCCAACGACUUGGUGCUGCAGGGCAUGCGCACACUAGAGCUGUGUAUCGACAAUCUCACGCCGGAGUACCUAGACCCCAUUAUAGCCCCCGUCAAAGAGGAGCUUUUGCACGCACUCUGGAUCCACAUCCAACCCCCUCCCGCCUACCAGUCCCAUGCAUUCACAGCCAUGGUCAUCUUGGGCAAACUCGGCGGACGAAAUAGGCGAGCGCUUAAAACGCCACCGCUACUGGAGUAUGUGCACGACCCGUUUGUGGGCGUCAAGUGUCGGUUGUCUGUACCCACGAGCGCCGUCAAUAGCCAGGAGUUGCUGAUCAACUACCGUACCAGGACCGGCGAGAGCGAGGACAAGGCCCGGAAUGACCAACCCACUCUAACACUGACGCGCCCUACCACGGAGAAUGUCUCGUUGCACCUCGGCAGCAAUGGUUUGGCUGCUGGCGCGGCGGGAACAACGGCGGCCGCACCGCCAGCGCCAUCAACAUCCUCAACACCAUUGGGCGACUUCGAGCUACAGCUAGACGGCCCUCUGCGCCUGGCGCACUUUGUGCUAACGCGCGACCUGGACAACGCCAACUUCUCGUCGCCGUUUGCCGUGACAUCGUUUGAGCCCAAUUACCGCGUGAACGGGAAGAUGGCCUGCACCAACACCAACUCCUCCCCCAUCGCCACCCAAGCCACGGCAGCCAUGGCCAGUGCUGGUAUGACUAAGACUGCGGCCAAGGAGAACGGCAUGGGCGGCAGUGGAGGCACCGGUGUGGACUUGGGGCGUGUGCGAGAAGUGCACCGACGGCACGCGCUCGAGCUGGCGCAGUGUGUGGUGGUGCUGACUCUAGAGCUCACUGCCACGGGCAAUACCAAGGAUCUACUGGCUACCUUGGCCGCUAAGAACAGGACCAAACCCACUGCCGCAUCGAGCGGGGACAGUGGUACUACCAGUGCUACAGUGAAAGCCAAGGCCGCAGAUGCAAGUGCGCAGGGCCCCGCGGCAAUGGAUAUCGACGAGAAGGGUCCAGCCGGUGAGGAAAAGGCAGCCCGCACUACACUGCCGGGAGAAGCGCGUGUGCAGAGAGAGCAGCUGGUUAUGGCGCUGAUGUGUGUGUGCGCGUCCAUGGCUAUGCCAAGCCUUGCGGAGGAUGCCACGCUGUUUAUGGCGGGCGUGGUGAGGCACUUUGCGAUACUGAUGACGACGGAGCAGCGGUCAAUGUCGCGUGCAAGCACACCCCCCGCACCAAAGGCAAAGCCAACGGUCGCGAUAGAUUCGUCGGUGAUUGUUGAUGUAGUUGGACAGUGCUACACUAACAUCAAACGGGAAUGGGUGGAUGUUGGGAAACGCAUAAUGGAUGAUUUAUUGGCCUGUACUGCCACUUGCCUUGAUGCAGGCUCUGCCGGUACGCUCAAGCGCAGCAGCAGCGGUUCACCCCAACCAACCACUACGCCAACCCAUACCUUAGAGGAUGUGCAGCGGUUGAUAUUCGGCACGCGCAUGACCGAGAGAUUCGUCCUGGCCUGUUACCGCAAUGCUUGGUAUCAAAAGAAAGGUGGUACGCUGGGACUGCAGCAUCUGUUCGCGUCCAUGCCCCUCAAGUGGUGUGUGAGGCACCAGCUGCUCGCUGUGCAAGGGCUGGUGUCGCUUCUUAGUAAGGCAGAUUUGGACGCCGGCAGUGUGGCUGAGGAAGCACUGCUGACGCUGACGGAGAUCCUUACCAAGUGUAACCCAAGCUCAGCAGCACCCACACCGUCAGCAACGGGUCUUACAACCACCGCCAACGGGUCAGUGGCGGGCCCAGGGUCAAAAGUGCGAGGUACUAUAUCCACAGCCGUACCUGCACCUACAUCCACGCCCACACCCAGCACCACGACUUCAGUACCAACAGCACCCGCUAGCUCCGCAUUCAACAUGCAGCAGACGGCGAUCACACCUGGCACUGUGGGAAAGGCCAGUACGACCGCCACAAGCGCAGGCAUCAAGCGCAACCCCACGACCGGGACAUCUGCAACUACGAGUGCUGGCAACCAUUCCAUGCCCACACACGGGACCACCCCGCAAACCUCCGCAGGAGCAAACAUCCCAACGCCCAACUAUUUCAUCAAUGUGGUGACCUACCUGGUGACGCAGAUGACAGCCACAAAGGAGCUGUGCCGCACAGCGGUGAACGAUGCGCUGCUGCUGCUGGCGCAGUCGCGGGGGGUCAGUGUGGCGUCGUUGCUCACCACACCGUCGGUGCACGGGGUGAUGCUGAAGACGGUUCUGCCCGCCAUGGACAAGAAGAGCAUGCGGUCGUUGUUCGAUGCCAAGCAGGUGGGUGUGUUGGCGGGGUUGAGUGCGUGUCUCAGCAUGCGGCCAAACCCUCCGCUGACGUUCAAGACCACGGACCAUCUGGCACGCACAGUCAGUGAGGUGCUGCAGCAGACGGAUACGGAUGACACGGCGACCAAUGUCAUGAAGCCGGCCAAGGAGAGCGAGGGGAGCAUGCCGCUGACACUCCUGGGCAAGCGCUACAAGGUGCUCGCGGCUGCCAUGGCAACGUACGGCUUUGACGAUAGCUUUAGCCUCGCGCAGCGUAACCGGUUUAUCAGCUUAUUCCUCAUGGGCCUCGCAUCGGCGACCAAGGAGAUCACGCAGGCGUCGCACGAUGGUAUACUGUUCUACCGCAACAACAUCGCCAAAGACCUACUACAGACGUCCCUGGCACCGGUGCUGCGUAGUCUGGCCGACUACCGCCGCCUCACUAAGAACUCUCUGGAUGGACUCUCUCGGUUGCUAACCCUGCUCAACUCGUGCUUCAACGAUACGCUGGGGGAGAAGCUGCUGGAACAUCUCGAUAAGUUUGCCGAUUUGCAGGCCUCGGGCAAUGGACAGGUCACCGUAGCAGGCGCUGCUAACGGGUGUGCCGCUGGCGUGGCUGCCGCUGGCGUCACGGGUCUUGCGGGCGGAGUGGCCAGCGCCGCGCCCCAGAGAGGCGGCAACACCAUCAAGAUGACCGAAGACAUGGGUGUGGUGGCAUCGGUGAUUGACAUCUUCCACCAACUACCCCCAACGGCAGUAGGCUUCAUGGACCGGUUGGUACCCAAGGUGCUCACCCUGGAGUGCCGUUUCAACCGGCACACAGCCAGCCCCUUCCUCACCCCGCUGGUGCGGUUCUUCACGCGCUUCCCGGGCGAGUCUAUGACCUACCUAUACCGCCAGCUCAACAGCCCCGUGUUCAGCGACCUCCUCGCGCGCGUGUUUGAGGACGCCGAAUGCGGCGACCUGAAGGCGUACGUGGCGGAGCAUUCGGACGUGUUCAUCCACCAGACCUUCAGCAUGGCCACUGCUGUGGAGGAGAUGCGCUAUCUCGCGUACUCCAGCCGUCUGCGCAUGCUGGCCCUACGCAUCACAAAGAGUCUCAUGGCAACCAAUCCCCUGGUGCUGGAGUCCUGUCCACAGCUGCUGACCGAGCUGCGCUUUAUAUGGCGCCGGCUAGGCUUGACACUUCCUGUGGGAGAUGUGUCUCACACCAAGGAGUGCCAGUUGGUGGUAGAUAUCCACAUGAUGCACAUCAAGGCCUCGCCCAACCACCCCGAGGCCAUACAGAGUCUGUUUGACCUCGUGUCGGUGUUCACGCGUCGAUGCAUCCUGGACGACGGCUAUGUGUCGCACUUCUACUUCACGGUGGUGCCUGAUCUGUAUACUGCGUCCAGCAAGAAGCUGCUGUUUGUGCGCUUUCUGGAUACGUUUGAUGACGAGACCGUGACGGAUGAGACCAAGGCGCUGCUGCUGCAGAAGCUGAUCCUGCCCGUGCUGUCCGCGGCGUUCAACGACGGUGAUACGUUGUUGGUGCUGGACGAUGCGUUGAUGGUGCGCAUUAUCAAGUCGCUGAUGGAUGAACCCAACCCUGCCAACAGCCCCGACUCUACCAUUCUGGGCGAUAGCACACGGAACAGUCCCCUGCCGGCCCAGUGCGCGUUCAAUAUCUCCCUCGGUGUGUCGUAUGGUGGUCCCACAUGCCCUAUAAUCUCAGAUAUGGGACUGUUUCUGACCUAUCACCAAAGGAUUGUCAAUCUCUUCGACCCGACCACUCACAUCCUCUCGUUUCGGCAGCAGGCACCGGCCCUAAACACUACAACAUCGCACCUUUGGCAGCAGACACAAAUCCUUAACUGA